AUGCCGCUACUGCUCCACCAGCCGCUACUGCUCCUGAACGCUAGUGCCGACCACCAUCUCCCAUGGCGCAGGAGCUCCCCAAUCUCCUCUUGCCAGGGCGCCGUCGCUGAGCUCGCCCUGCCCCAGCCAUGGAUGUCGUUGGGCCACCCGUCUCCUAUCUCCCCUCGCCCUCAUCCUCUGGCUGCUGCCCCUUCCUAUUCCUGGUGGCUGAGUCUUCUUCCAUGGAUGUUGGUCGUGCUGCCCUCCCUGGUGCUCACCUCUGCCCCCUGCGUUGGAUGGCCGGUUGCUCCUGCCCUAGAUUAUCCUCAUGCCCGGCCGCGGUACAACAGCAACAGCCAUGAAACCCCAUUGUGUCGCGCCCUCGACGUGUUCGACGGAAUAUCGCAGCACGUGCCGACCCGAUCUGCAGCCCUGGUUGCGAGGACGUCAAACCCCGCUACCGUCGACGUUGUGCCUCACGCUUCACCAAUGCGAUGA